CAACCACUGAAUCCUAGACUUGAUAAUCAUGCAGCUUUACCUUGUGACCAUUCUCUCUGCCCUUACGGCCGUCGGUGCCUUUACCCCCACCCACUUGUCGCAAAGGAGCCCCACAGUAUUGAGUGCGGAAGCCAACCUGUCGCGUAAGGCAUUCUUUUCAGCCGCUGCUAUAACUUUGUCUGGAGUCGUGCCUCUUGUUCCCGCCUUUGCAAUGGAUCAGGAACUCGUUACGUCUCCCACUGAGCAGUGGGAAACCGGGAAGCCCACGGCCGCCGCAGAGAAAGACCGCAUAGCCCGCUAUGCCAAUGCUCGUACCCAGAUGACUUCGAAUUUUCCGCCAAUCAAGCGUCUUACUCUGGAGCGUAAGAGUCCUGUGACCCGUCUAGAUAUCAACGCACCUGAUUUCACGGCCUACAAGAAAACCUACCCAGGGCUUUUCCGCGAAUAGGUACAUGGACACUUACGAUGCUCUACAUUAGGAUUCACCUAUCGAUGACAUGAAUGCCGUUGUGUCCUCUAUAUCGCGGUACACUUCUAAUAGGAUGUAUGAGAACAGGAAGUAUGGAAGUAUUUCCAUUUAAAAUGAUUAUGGUCAAUCCGCAACAACUGCAUUUGAGCUUUUAAAGUGUGAAGAUGAUCCAAAAGAACUGCCUAGCUGUUCUCAGGCGUAUCGGGAUUAAAAUCUGCUUCGUAGUGACAAGGGUGAAUUAACUCGCCUGUGGCAACGCAAACGUACAUUCGUUCAUCU